UCUCCAUCUUCAUUCUUCACACAAACACAAACACACACUUUAUCUUUUAAUUUCUCUCUAACCCCUUUUUUAAUUUCUUCUUCUUCUUCACCUUUCUUACCUGUAAAAUCAUCAUAUACCCUGAAGCCUUAUAGCCUUACUUUGUUCCUUUAAUUGCACCCUUCAUAAGGAAGGGAGGAUUUUUUGUUUUUUAAAGUUUUGUUUUUCUUCACUUCCACAUUUGUUAUCCCCAUAAAUAUUUCCUUGUGGGGGUGUCAAAUUUUGAAAUCUUCUUGUUCUUAAUCCUAAGGCGUUGGGAAUGGGAGGAUGUUGCAGCCAUGAGCUUGGUAUUCGAGAGAAGGUUGAGAGCGAUUUGGGAGAUGAACAUGAGCUUGAUUAUGAGGGCAAUGAUAUAGAAUAUGGUUAUGGUGGUGAAAUCAUAAGGCUCAAAGGGUGCUCUAGGUUUGUAUCAAUGUAUUGCCAACAGGGUAAGAAAGGUGUCAAUCAAGAUUCUAUGACUGUUUGGGAGGACUAUACAGGAGAAAAAGACAUGAUGUUCUGUGGUGUUUUUGAUGGGCAUGGUCCUCUAGGGCACAAAGUAUCGCAAUAUAUCCGCGACAAUCUACCUUCGAAGCUGUCUGCAGCAAUCAAAUUGGCACAACAAAAGGCCAACAACUACUAUGAUGAUAGUGAUGCAGAUACAAGCACGUUUGAUGAUUCUAACCAGAACAUGUCCCUUGCUUCAUGGGAGGGAUGCUUUAUCAAGACAUUCAAGGAAAUGGAUGAUUACCUUGCCAAGGACAUUAAUACCGACAGCUAUUGCAGCGGUUGCACCGCCGUUACUGUCAUCAGACAGGGUGAUCAGCUUAUAAUCGGAAAUUUGGGCGAUUCUCGCGCGAUUCUUUGUACUAGAGAGAGAGAUCAACGUGUUCCUAUUCAACUUACCGUGGAUUUGAAGCCUGAUCUUCCAAGUGAAGCUACAAGGAUCAUGAGCUGUGAAGGCAGAGUUUUCGCGGCAGAGGAAGAACCCGACGUGUGCCGAAUAUGGAUGCCUGAUGAUGACUGCCCUGGAUUAGCUAUGUCCAGAUCCUUCGGAGACUUUUGCCUCAAAGAUUAUGGCCUCAUCUCAAUUCCUGAUGUAUUUUACAGGAAACUUUCCAAGCAAGAUGAAUUUGUGGUCUUGGCAAGUGAUGGGGUAUGGGAUGUGCUGAGUAACAAUGAAGUUAUCAACAUAGUUGCUUCAGCACCAAGCAGAAGCGUAGCAGCCAAAUUGCUUGUAAAAAGAGCCGUUCGAGCAUGGAGAUACCGGUAUCCCGGCUCCAAGGUAGAUGAUUGCGCAGUUAUAUGCUUGUUCCUGGACGGCGAGCAGCCGGUGUUAUCCCACUCGCAGUCCAAAAGGGUUGGCAAACAUCUCAGCAAACACCCUCAUCGCAACCGAACGAUGAGCAACGAAGACAACGAGACAGUGGCCGGAAAAGUGGGGGUAGAGCUGAAUGUCAAUGAAGAAUGGAAGGCUCUUGGAGGGUUAGCUAGAGCCAACUCCUUAUCAAAACUUCCAAGGCUUACAAGAGAUUUGAGUAGAAGGCAAGUAUCAACUAGGUUCAUUCAAGGCAGCUGAAAAAGGUUCACUUACUCUGCCAGGGCCUUCUCAUCAUAUAUAUAUAUUUAUAUAUAUAAAGUGUGUGUGUGAUCACAGAUCUUCAGACCUAAACUUUGUACAUUUAGGUGAGAAAAAAAACAUUGGACGGGUUGGGAAGAAUGUUAUUAGGACCAUUUUGGUGUUCCUUAAAAAGUGAGUGAAAACUAAUUGAUA